AUGCAGCUAGGGAUCCUCUAUUUUCCCAAACAGGGUAUUCAAUAUCUGGUUGAGCAGAAGAUACUCUCCUUGGAUGCAGAAGAAGUUGCUAAAUUUCUUUACCAAGGAGAAGGACUCAAUAAAACAGCCAUAGGAGAUUACCUGGGACAAAGGGAUCCAUUGAAUCUCCAGGUUCUGCAGGCUUUUGUAGAAUGUCACCAGUUUGCCAAUCUCAAUCUUGUGCAAGCACUACGGCAGUUUUUGUGGAGCUUCCGUUUGCCUGGAGAAGCCCAGAAGAUUGACCGCAUGAUGGAAGCUUUUGCCAAUUGGUAUUGUCAGUGUAACCCAGGCAUUUUUCAGUCAACAGAUGCCUGCUACAUCCUUUCAUUCUCAGUCAUCAUGUUGAAUACCAGCCUCCACAAUCCAAAUGUCAAAGAUAAGCCCCCAUUUGAGCGGUUCAUGUCCAUGAACAGAGGGAUCAAUAAUGGAGCAGAUCUUCAAGAAGUGCUUCUGAAGCAUUUAUUUGAGAGUAUCAAAAACGAACCCUUUUCCAUCCCAGAAGAUGACGGGAAUGAUCUCACCCACACUUUCUUCAAUCCUAGUCGGGAAGGCUGGCUCCUCAAGCUAGGUAACCCACUUGACAAAGAGCCUCUAGGGAUUAUCCCAUUGGAAAACCUAUCAGUUCAACCAAUAGAUGAUCUCAAGAAACCAAAUUGCUUUGAGCUCUUCAAUGCAAACUGCAAAGGGCAGAAGAUCAAAGCUUGCAAGACGGAUGGGGAUGGAAGGGUGGUUGAAGGCAAGCACCAAUCCUAUAAGAUCUCUGCAGCCUCCCAGGAGGACCGUGACCUAUGGAUUGAAGCCAUACGGACCAGCAUCACGAGAGAUCCCUUCUAUGACCUGGUUGCUGCUCGUAAGAAAAAAGUUACCAGCAAAAAAUGAAACUUCUGGCUUGUGCCACCUUGUUCGGUGGAUGAUUAACACCAAGAAAAUAUUUAUUUGAAGUCUGAAAUGGCAAAAUUCCUCAACCAUCUCUGAGACAGACAAGUGAAUGAAAGGAUGAUCAGUGGCCUGCUUCCAUUUUCCAGAGUCAGAAUAUGCAGAAUCAGACACUGGUGCAGGAAUUAUUUCUGUACAGAAAACAAGCACAGAUUUCUUAGUAAAUGGAGCAGGAUAUGGUUGUGUGUGUGUGCCUUGGUAUGGCUGAUGGAAACCAGGGAAUGGUUUCACCAGUAUUUCUAUACCUGUAAGACUAGAUUUGUCUACAUUGACCUGCCUCCUCUGACUCACAGUCUUGAGGUUUCUUGAAUAAUGAUGCUAUCUGAGGUAAAUUUACUUGGAAUAAUAGGAUGAAGGACAAAAUGAACUAAAAGACUCAAGGGAUGCUGUGAAACCUGGCCAAAAUAAACACAUAUUACUGUGUGGCUGAGCUUAGCAAAUGGCUAGUUUGGACCUGGAAAUUAUUGCCAAGUUGAUGAUAAUACUGAAUGUUAGGUUUUUUUAGGACAGGAUCUUCCAGCCAAAGUCAGAAUCUAAACAAUAAUCAAUGCAAUGAGUUGUUAGUUCCUAUGUUCUUUGAGUUGGCUGCUCCAUCAGUGUUGGAACAGUUGAAAAGUGUGUUUACAGACUGAUAUUUGUUUACUUCUCUCCUCCUCUGAAACAUUCAUUAGUCUAGAGGAUCAAAAGCUAGGGUUUUUUCCCCCCUUUUCCUCUGAAUUUUUCAUCUAUACAAUGAGUUCUGUAAAAUAAUAAAAUUUGUUUAACGUGGUUAUGAAGAACUGGAUUGUUGUAAGAAUGAUGCCUGCAUACUAAUGAGUAGUACAAUAUUUUUGUUUAAGGAGAUGUAAAGAAUUGCUUGUUAUUAAAAUAC